AUGGUACUUCUAACAUCAUCGCAAGUUUCAGUCGCCAUAUCGUCCUUCAUCGUUAUAUCUUUCACUUUGGCCCUUUUCCUUUCCGGCUAUGUGCUCCAACAAGCAACAGUUCGCGACUUGCGGGCGGCCAUAAAACCUCAGAUGGUUCAGCCAUUCUCUGAACUACAAGUAAAUUUAUCACCGCAGCGCCAGGAUGAGGAUCUAGACCGCAAAGCAAUCUUAGAAACCAUCCCCAUUGAGGCCAACAAUUUUAGAGAAGGCGCGAAAGAUACUCAAAUCACUCAAGAUUCAAAACACAUGAGUUCUGGGAAUGAAGAGAAUCAGGAGGAUAACGAGGACGAUAUGGUUGGAGCGACACGAUGGCAAAAAGCGCAGAAGAAGAAACAAAAAUUGCUGGCGGCGCAACAGAAGUCCCAGAAACAAGUCAUCGAGGAUGAGCCUCCACUGGAGGCUACAAGCAAAUCUUCUGCAGCCAGAGAUACCAAGCUUUUGCGGGAGAAAAACCCAGAGGAGAAGCCUUUAAGUAAAGCGCAGAGACGGAAAAAGAUAAAGGAGGAAGUCAUUGCGGCUGGGCAGGGCGAAACGUUUACAGGCUACAGACGACGGAUGUGGUAG